GGAGCAUUGUGAGCGAUGGAGAUCCACUGAAGAAAUACACAGGAUGGGAAAAUAUUGGCCAAGGGGGUUUUGGAACCGUGUCUAGAGCAUUCGAUGCUGUCACAGGAGGAGAGGUGGCCAUCAAGCAAGUCAAACUCCACCAACAGAGCAAAGAGGAACUCCUGAAAGAGAUCCUGGUCCUGAGGGAUAAGAACCACCCCAAUAUCGUUACUUAUUUAGACAGCUACCUUGUCCGUCAGGAGCUCUGGCUGGUGAUGGAGCACAUGGACGGAGGCUCUUUGACGGAUGUUAUUAGCGAGACCUGGAUGGCCGUGGGACAGAUAGCAGCUGUCU